GAAGAAAGUGGGUUUUUAGAGGGACACGUGUCGCCUUCUCAAAUAUUCUUAGUUCCUAAUUUAAGGUCGGGCUGCUCAAUCACGAACAAAAACGAAAGGUUGUUCGUUCUGGUUCCGUCUCUCGCAUUUUAAAAGCUUUUCUCCUCAUAUUUUUGGAAUCCUCUCGUUUCACCUGUCAUUACGCUGUCUCAGACAGUGCUUACAAAAUGCAGAGGGAAAGAGAAGGCAGAAAUGACCACUUUGAUGUGGGCAAGCCAUUUGAUGCUUUCCAAAGGAUUGGCAGCUUUGGAUCCCUUAGAACCAUGAUGCCUGGCCUAUUUGGAGGCAGAGAUCCUUUUGAUGACCCAUUCUUCACUCAUCCAUUUGGUAGCACGUCUGAAUCUGGCAUCUUUGAUCAAAGUGCUAGUUCUCGUGAUACACCAGAGAGCAGGAGAUCAAAGGGAAUAGUUAUAGAAGAACUGAACUCUGAUGAUGAGGAAGACAAAGGCACCACUGAAUAUGCUGGUUUAGGCAAAGAACCAUCCAUCGAGCACCCAGAUGACGGUGCUAAUGAUGGGAAGAUUCAGAAUGUGAAUCACACGAAUAACUAUGACAGGGUAGAAGGAACAAAGUCACAGGCUCGCAGCUGUAGUGUUCAGACUUCCAAAGUCACAUAUGGUGGUACAGAUGGAGCUUAUUACACUUCUACAAAAAGCAGGAGGACAGGGAGUGAUGGUGUGGUAAUUGAGGAGAGAAAAGAAGCAGAUAGAACAACGGGUCAAGCAACUCAUAGUAUUUCUAGAGGAAUUCACAAUAAGGGCCAUUCUGUUACAAGAAAGCUUAAUUCAGACGGUAAGGUGGACACAACACAAACAUUACACAACUUGAAUGAAGAUGAGCUUGCGGACUUUGAAGAGGCUUGGAAAGGUAAUAGUCAGGUUCAUUUGCCUGGUCGGAAUGAUGGUUUUAGCUUGCGCGCAAAUGCUGAUGCCUUUCAGCUCUCAUUCUCCAUUUCAACCUCUGCAUCGAAUGGGAAUGCAGGAUCUAGAACUGAUGAACAGAUGGGGAAGCCAGUAUGGGACAGUUGGAGACUUCCAACUAGGGAGCGGGCCCAGAACACCGGCGGUCAAGUAGCAGACACUCAAGCCAAAAUUAGUACUGGGAGUGGGAGUAGAGCGAAGAAAAUUGUUAGGAUUAAUAUCGAAUGAACCAAUUGUAUGACCAAUUACUAGUUGUGGCCUUUAGUGUAGUAUUGCUCAUAGCAGGCUUUAAGACUAUAAUUUGUAGCCUUCGACUCGAAUUUUCUUCUUUCUUUCCAUUUUUUUUGUUUUUUUAACUUACGGAAAACUUCAACUUUGACGUCUUUAUUCUUC